GCGGGGCGGCGUCCGGCCCAGCCAUGGCGGACGAGGGCCCGCGGAAGGGCAGCGUCUCGGCGCUCGUGGGCCGCACCAACGGCCUCACCAAGCCGGCGGCGCUGGCCGGCGGCCCCGCCAAGCCGGGGGGCGCGGGCGGCUCCAGGAAGCUGGUCAUCAAGAACUUCCGAGACAGGCCGCGGCUGCCGGACAACUACACGCAGGACACGUGGCGGAAGCUGCACGAGGCGGUGAGGGCCAUCCAGGGCAGCACGUCCAUCAGGUACAACCUGGAGGAGCUGUACCAGGCUGUGGAGAACCUCUGCUCUCACAAAGUCUCCGCCACGCUCUACAAGCAGCUGCGCCAGGUCUGCGAGGACCAUGUCCAGGCUCAGAUCCUCCCCUUCAGAGAAGACGCACUGGACAGCCUUGUGUUCCUGAAGAAGAUGGACACCUGCUGGCAGGACCACUGCAGACAGAUGAUCAUGGUCAGAGGCAUCUUCCUGUUCCUGGACCGCACCUACGUCCUGCAGAACUCCCUGCUGCCCUCCAUCUGGGACAUGGGGUUGGAGCUGUUCAGAAACCACAUCAUCAGUGACAAGAUGGUUCAGAGCAAGACCAUCGAUGGGAUCCUUCUGCUGAUCGAACGGGAGCGCAGCGGUGAGGCCGUGGACAGGAGCCUACUGCGCAGCCUGCUGGGCAUGCUCUCGGACCUUCAGGUAUAUAAAGAUUCGUUUGAGCUGAAAUUUUUAGAAGAAACUAAUUGUUUAUAUGCUGCAGAAGGCCAAAGAUUAAUGCAAGAGAGAGAGGUCCCCGAGUACCUUAACCACGUGAGUAAGCGCCUGGAGGAAGAGGGAGACCGCGUGAUCACGUACCUGGACCACAGCACGCAGAGACCACUGAUCGCCUGUGUAGAGAAGCAGCUGCUGGGAGAACACUUGACAGCGAUUCUGCAGAAAGGGCUUGACCACCUGCUAGACGAGAACAGAGUGCCCGACCUCACGCAGAUGUACCAGCUGUUCAGCCGUGUGAAGGGCGGGCAGCAUGCGCUGCUGCAGCACUGGAGCGAGUACAUCAAGACUUUUGGGACAGCAAUUGUCAUCAACCCUGAGAAGGACAAGGACAUGGUGCAGGACCUGCUGGAGUUCAAGGACAGGGUGGACCACGUAGUGGAGGUGUGCUUCCAAAGGAAUGAGCGCUUCGUCAACCUGAUGAAGGAGUCCUUCGAGGCCUUCAUCAACCGGAGGCCCAACAAGCCCGCCGAGCUCAUCGCCAAGCACGUGGAUUCAAAGCUGCGGGCGGGCAACAAGGAGGCCACAGACGAGGAGCUGGAGAGGAUUCUGGACAAGAUCAUGAUCCUCUUCAGGUUCAUCCAUGGCAAAGAUGUCUUUGAAGCAUUUUAUAAGAAAGAUUUGGCAAAGAGACUCCUCGUUGGAAAAAGUGCCUCGGUUGAUGCUGAAAAGUCGAUGCUGUCCAAGCUCAAGCAUGAGUGCGGGGCUGCAUUCACCAGCAAGCUGGAGGGGAUGUUCAAGGACAUGGAGCUCUCCAAGGACAUCAUGGUUCACUUCAAGCAGCACAUGCAGAACCAGAGUGCCCCAGGCCCUAUCGACCUUACCGUGAACAUCCUCACCAUGGGCUACUGGCCCACCUACACACCCAUGGAAGUGCACCUGCCUCCGGAGAUGGUCAGGCUCCAGGAGGUGUUCAAGGCCUUCUACCUGGGCAAGCACAGCGGACGGAAGCUGCAGUGGCAGACCACGCUGGGGCACGCUGUCUUAAAAGCAGAGUUUAAGGAGGGGAAGAAAGAGUUCCAGGUGUCCCUCUUCCAGACGUUGGUGCUGCUCAUGUUCAAUGAGGGAGAUGGAUUCAGCUUUGAGGAGAUAAAAAUGGCCACCGGGAUAGAGGACAGUGAACUGAGAAGAACGCUGCAGUCCCUGGCCUGUGGCAAGGCGCGUGUCCUGAUCAAAAGUCCCAAAGGAAAGGAGGUGGAGGACGGGGACAAAUUCCUCUUCAAUGCAGAGUUCAAGCACAAGCUGUUUAGAAUCAAGAUCAACCAGAUCCAGAUGAAGGAAACCGUUGAAGAACAAGUGAGCACUACCGAGAGAGUGUUUCAGGAUAGGCAAUACCAGAUUGAUGCUGCUAUAGUCAGAAUCAUGAAGAUGAGAAAGACUCUUGGUCACAAUCUUCUAGUUUCUGAGCUGUAUAACCAGCUGAAGUUUCCAGUCAAGCCUGGAGACCUGAAGAAGAGAAUCGAGUCUCUGAUAGACAGAGACUACAUGGAGCGUGACAAGGACAGUCCCAACCAGUACCACUACGUGGCCUGACACGCCUGCAGGGUGGCGAAGCCCACUCGCUCCAGGAGCCUGCCGCUGGACACGGGAGACCCUCGGCUCACCGGGGGGGGAGACGACAGACCAUCUCGCCCAGGGUGCAGGGUCUUCACGUGACACGUCCUUCCCUCCAGUUCUUUCUCAGUUCUCUUAGGCAUUUAGAUGUUCGUUGCUCUGUGUGGAAUGACUUUGAGGUUGGACGCAGGUGGUAGUUGACAGGAGUCCUCCACAAGUCCUGCGGCUCUGUGGAGGGAGCCGCCAUUGGGUUGGUGUGUGUGUGUGUGUGUGUGUGUGUGUGUGGGUGGGUGUGGGGUCCUGAGUGCACGAUGAAGAGACCCUCCAUGCUGCAUCAAAGUCCCAGAGUGCUCCGUUGACAAGCCUCAGAGUGAGAACAGGAGCCCCCACAGGCGACCAUGGGAAGAGAGCAGGUCCCAUGGGCAGCUCAGCCCUGCAGCCAGAACCCUGCGUCCGUGUUCAGGGGUCCCAGAGAGGUCUAACCUGUGGCAACRGAUUUUUAUAAAUAGGGCUUUCAAGCCAGGUCCCUGUGUCAUCGCGCUGAGCCCAGCGCACAGCCAGUGGCCUACAGCGAGGACCUGCGUGCCCUCUGCUGAGGGCUGGACCUGGCCCCUGUUUUCCUUCUGAGGGCCGGCACCUGCUUUGGUUUCUUAACUUGCAGUAUUUGUGUGAUUACCGUGAUAGAUACAGUUUGGUUUGUUUGGUUUCCCAGUCCUGAGCAGGGACUGCCCUGUUUUCUGCCCCACCCUGCAGGAAGUUCCCUAGCYGACUUGACAGUCCUGACCUUGUGACACAGUGGUCAUUUUGUCAAAAGAUUAAAGGGUUUUGUUGGUUCMUGGUUACAUGUGAACACACACAGGGGGUGGAAUGAGAGUUGAGUGGAGACGUUUCUAUGGUGACAAUGACAAAGAUGCUCUUGUGAGAACAUUGGAAAGUACUUUCCAUUUUACAGAGUACCAUGUU